GCUCCAGGAAGUGUCUGUUAAUAUUGGAGAGUUCAAAACACCUGUGCAAAUCAUUCUAGAGUCAAAUGUCGAUUGCCUCAUCUGAUGUUUUAUUGGGGAGAACAAGACUGCUCUUUUGGCAUAUUUUUGAGUGAUAACUCGUACUAGUGUUUUCUGAUUUGCGCCUCCAGACCAUGGUCAGGGGACUAGAGCACACUAAACUUUAUUGAAACUUAAUUAUUUUAACACUAAUAAUAAUAAUAAUAAUAAUAAUAAUAUUAAUAAGAAAAAGAAGAAGAAGAAAAAGCCUAACAAUUUUGGCACCUUUGUGGCUUGGACCCCUAAAUAUAGCAGCAAGCGUCGAUCAUCGGAUUCCAAGCACCUAGCAAAUAUUGCCCCCAGUGGCCAGUUCUUUCCAAGGUACUGAUUCCACAGAUGAACACACUUACAGUUUUAUGAGCAUGAUGAUGGCUGAUGGCAGCCAUGUUUUUGAAGUUACCCGAUAGAAAGUGAAAUCCAGUUACAGAUUAGAGAAAAAUUAAGCAUGCCAAAUUUCAACUCAUCCAGACUUUCAGUUCCUGAGAAACAGCUAUUUGAACUUAAUUACUCCCCCAUUGACAUCCAUACUCCAAACGUUGCACAUCUUUUCAUAACACGGGCUGAAGAUGCCUUUCAGAAUUAUACAACCAGCCCUAAUCCAAGGACUGUCUGCAAAAUAAUAUUUUGCACAUUAUCCAAAUUUUCAUAAAUUUGAGUGGCUGUGGAUAAACGGUCCAAAAGAUGAUUUUUUUAAAAAUGUGUUCAGCCUUUUUAUGAGGAAAAAGAAACUUCACUAUUUACCUUAUUUUUCCAGACUUAAAUUUGUUUUUGUGUGGAAAAUUAUAAAUAGUGCUAAUUUGAGUAACUUUCAUGGCUUACUAGUGCUUCCACAGAAAUACCAUGCAUUCAAGGUUCGUGACAGUAGGUCAGUGUUAACCCUGUUAAAUGCCUGCUGAAAGCUGAUUGUCUGAUGGUGGCCAUUUUUUUUAAAGUAAUCCAGUCAUCAUCAAAAUCAUUUAGCACACCUAUGCACUCUACCAAAUUUCAGCUCUAUAGCACUUAUGGUUCCUGAGAAACAGUUAUUUGAAUAUAGCCCUGCCCCUAUGUAUGAUCAUGGCCCAAACUUUGUUUAUAUGACCUCAGAAUGUUUUCCUAUCAAGUUUCAUGCAAAUACAUGCAACCAAUCAUGAGUUAAAGCUGGCACAUGACAGCCAUAUUGUUUACAAAUGUCAACAUCUUUUUUAUAAUUACUGAGGUUCACAAGUUUGCAAAAGUAGGUUUUGCAUAUUAUGCAAAUUAUCACAAAUUUGAGUGGGCAGAGCUAAAUGGUCCAAAAUGGUCCAAAUGUUUUAUAGAUUUAGCAGUACAAUCAAUUUAUAAAAGAAAUUUAACGGUAAACCUUAUUUUCCAAGAGACGUGCUUGAUUGCAUCAGUUUCUAGGGGGUCACUAACUAAAACUACCAUUCAAGAUUCAUCAUGAUAGCUUAAUGGGGUCCUUGUCAACUGCCUGAUUAAGCCUGAUGGCAGCCAUGUUUUUUCAGUAAUUAGGGAUCAUGAAAAAUCCACUUAUGGAUUAGAACAUAGAUGACCCUUAUCAAAUUCUAGCUUGAUUGGCCUUAUUGGUCCUCAGAAACAGCUAUUUGAACUUAAAAUCCACCCCUAUGUAUGAUCAUACCCCAACCUUUGCAGCUAUCCUCAGAACCUUGUACUGAACAUGUAUUUCCAGUUUGGUUCAGAUCCAUAUGACCAAUCAUGAAUUACAGAUAUCUGAGUAACUCUGCUCCACCUCUUUAGAACUGAUUGAUGUGUGGCGGCCAUAUUUUUGAUAAUUAUUUAGGUUCACACUCUCCCGAAUAGUUUGACAUCAAAAGUUUGGCAAUUUUCUAUAGUUUCAGCAAUAGAAUCAAGAUAAAAAAAGACAUUUCUUUCUACACCUUAUUUUCCAAGAGAUAUGUUUGUUUUUGUGUGCAAAAAUAUAAACAGCACCCCCCAGUGACCAAUUUGAGUGAGAUUGCAUCAGAUUACUAUCAUCACAAAACUUGAAUUGUAGGUUCACAUAUGGACCUUCUACUGAAGGUCCAUAUGUGAACCUACCAUUCAAGUUUUGUGAUGAUACCUCAAUGUUAACCGUGUCAAAUGCCUGCUGAAAUCUGAUUGGCUGAUAGCAGCUGUAAUUUUCUUAAUUUAGUCAUGGCCACAUGCUGACUGAGAUUGUGGAAAGAAUUUGAUGCAAAGGUAUACAUGGCAAAUAAACCUUUGUUUAAUUGAUUAUUAAAUUUCCAGGUCACGUAAACAUGUUUGUGAGCUUUUGAGGGACCAUAAGGUUAUUCAUUAUUAAACAUACUUAAAUUAAAUAUUAUUUAAUUUUUUAAUAGUUGAAUGGGAUGUUUUUAGGGGAAAAGAAGGCUCAUAGCACCUAUUCUGUAUAAAAUAUUAGGUGAUAACAUUUAUGCUUUUUUUUUUAAAUAAAUACAUCUGUUUUUCAAAUACUGAAAAUAUAUAACUUUCUAAAACACAAGUUUAUAUAUUAUUCUUGAGUAACUCACACACUGAAAAAUAUGUUGUACUCCGAACUCUGUGAUGUCAAUAAGUGAGGUAGGGUUUAUGAAACAACCAGCCAGAUCUUCAAUCAAACUUCUUUAAUAAGGUAAACCGUGGUUCUGUACACAUAGGGAACAUAGAAACUAAUGAAUUUAACAUUAUAAUACAGUGUGAUACACUGAUAUAUGAAUCCACCUUAUUUUGCACUGCAGAAGCAUGCAUGUCCUUUGUUUUGUGCUAGACUUCUGGUAAAGUAACAAAAGUACUGCAAGUUGUUGCUGUUAUUUAUGAUGACACCAUUAUUAUAUGUCUGUUAAAGGGACCUUUCAGGGGCAGGGGUGGGGGUGAUAUCAGCUGCAAUAACUCAGUACAUUAACUUGAUACCCAAGUACAUUUCUAGGUAUUUUUGUACUUGAACUGAAGCAGAAGUAUACACUGAAAACCUCUACUUUUAUUCAGGUACAAGAUUUAUUAUUAUUUUUUUUAAAAACACAUCCAGCUCUGGUUUGUAGUUUAUGGUUAAGACACACCUACUCUACAAAAACUGUCAGUUAUUAAAGCAACCCCUAACUGCACACACAUCAGUUUUCUGUGACUCAAUAUCUAUUAACAUUAAAUAUGACACAUUAAAUGGCAGUGACAUGAUAAAUACAAACUAGUCAGCUGAAAUAACCAGAAAAGUCAAACCUGUCAUAAGUCAGGGAGAUGGAAGCAAAGUGCAGAACUUUUUUAAUAGGGACAAAAACAAAUAGGGACAAAUUACAGGAAAAGAACCAAAAACUGAGACAAGAAGGAGCUAAGCUAAAGCUAUGCAAGGCUAGGAAAGCUUAAACUUGAACUUUUAGCUAAAACUAUAUGCAGGGCAAACCGUAACGAAACUCUCACCACACACAUAAACACAGGCAUAAAUAUAAGCUUAAUGCUCCACCAAACAAAGAGGGAAAACACAGAACUUACAAAACAGAAUACAAAACAGGUGUGCAUAAUCAAAGAAGGAAAUGGAGCAGACAACAAAAGAAGUUCAAAAGGUGAACAAAGGUGCCCUCUAAUGGUCUGGGGAGGAAUUGUCCCUGGUGGUCAUGACAUAACCAGGUGUCUUCUACAAAACCAUCGAGUCCAUUAGAAAGCUGAACAUAAGGUGGAUACAAUAAUAAGGUACAUGCAAUUGACCCUAUAUCCCAAAUAGCAAAAAAAAAAAAAAAAAAAAAAAAAAGAAGACAGUCAGGGCCGAGUCUGGCUUACAUUUGGGUCUUCUGGUUUAGUUCUGUCAUUGGUAAAUGGUAUGUGGGUUAUUUGAAGCUUAACCAUUUGGCUAAAGUCUGGCAUGAAUCUGUUUGACCCAAAGGGGACAAAAGGUGCCAACAGACUUCAGUCCACUAGGCUGAAUCCUGGCCUGAAUCUGUUUAACUGAAAAGGAAGAGGAAAAACCCACCAUUUUAUUCAUCUUGGUCUCUCAGUCUCAGGGAAAACCCAAGCAGUUACUCAUGUCUGAGUUCCAUGCCUUCUUUGAGUUUUAUAAGGAAGAAAUGCUAUAUCUGCGGAUAACUAAAAUAAGUUCCAGCCAGUCAAUUUAAAAAUAAAGGCCAUAUUUACUGCCUGACAUUGCGUUUGGAGUGCUCGAAUUGUAAACAGGAAACUGCACAGCUCUGAGAUUGCCUUUGGAGCAGUAUUCACACCUUCAUUAGAGCUAAAGGUAAAUAUAGCGAGGCAUCUACUCCUGUGUUUGUAUUUUUAUUUCUUAUAGUCUCUCCUUCAGUAGUUAAAUUACAUGGGUAAAAAGGGCAAGGAUUCUCAUCUGUUUGGUCGGGAACAGAGAAAAGGAUUAAAUUUUGCAAAGAAUUUACUUAUUUUAUUGUACUGAAUAUAUUUAACGUAUCAGUGGUCAGCUGUAGAGAAUGCUGAGGUUGUAUGCAGUUUGACCUGUUCAGUUUGCACUUGGGGCAACUGACAGCUUUGUUCAUUUCCGUGUUCUUAUGAUGGAUAAUAUAUAAUAUGUAAAUGUAAUGCCUGUGUUCACCGUCAUAUUACUGUAAACAUGUUUUUAUAAGAAGCCUUUAUUUGUCACAUAUACAGCAAAGUGAAAUUCUUUUCUUCGCAUAGGGAAGCUGGGGUCAGAACACAAGGUCAGCCAUGAUACAGGGACCCUGGACCAGAGAGGGUUAAGGUCCUUGCUCAAGGGCUCAACAGUGGCAGCUUGAACCUCCGACCUUCUGAUCAGUAACCCAGAGCUUUAUCCAUUAAGCCCCCACUGCCACAAUAUCAUACAUGUUGUGCUUUCUGUUAACAUUUUAGACAAUGAAAUACACCGUACUAGCUGCAUUAAUCUUCCAGGGCCUGGACUACUUAAUAUAGCAUAGUAUUUUGUAAUGUUUAUAGAUAGAAGACCAGUGAGUGUGCAGUUCAGCGCGGCACAGAGGGCUGGAGUAAAAAGGCUACGACGGCUAGGUUUGCAUGUAAAGACGGUCAUCAGUUUUAAUUCAAUUAAUCUGACUGCAGAUAGGAAUGUCUGGAGUCCCAAAACAGCCAAAGACUCACAUAUUUUUUAUUUUGUUUAAUAAUAAAAUAAAAAUCGUUGCCAAAACUCUGUGGUGUGAGAGGAAUAAUACACAAUAAAUAUAAUUAGGCUAUACACAAAAAAAGGGUUACACCAGACUUACUGAAUUCAUGGGUAGAUCAUUUCCUUUUGAAUAAAAUAUAUCACAUUAGCACAGUCUUCUGGCUAUAAUUGUGUCAAUAAGAUAUAUUUUAUUCAUGUGGAAAUAGGGUACCUAUGUAGAAAUUUUAUGUAAAUUUGAUGUACGUCUUUUUUUCAUGGAACUGAUGUUAUGCAAUGGAACUGAGGUUAUGCAUAUCUUGAUUAUAUUUUUCUUCUUCUUUUUACAGUGCAUGCAAUGGAAAGCAGAUUGGCCUACAGUAAGGGCCUACAAUGGGGAAGGAUUUUACUCAUUUGUGGACAAUUACAUGGAAACACAAUGGAAGCUUCCAGUUGCACAGCAGCUCCUGUCAAAAGCUGAGAAUAUGUCAUUGCCACGAAAAUAAAGUAAGAUUCUUUUUGGUUUUGCAUGAACAUUGCAUUGCAUUGCAUUGCUUUAUUGCAAACAUUCCCAAACAGCAAGCUUUUUUAAUGAUAAUCUUUACAUGAAGACCUUUCUCUUGUGGGGUGAAGUAAACUCUGAAAAGAUUUAUGAAUCAACUCAACAUUUUCUUUUAACUAAUUCAAGUUCUAGACUUGUAGACCUUCUAGACUUCAAUUUGUAGAAAUUUCAAUUCAGUUCAAUUUUAUUUGUAUAGUGCUUUAAACAGCAGCUUUACAGAAAUAAAUUGAUUCAAAUUAAAUUAAACCAAAAUAGAUUUUAAAUAUGUGAAUUUAUCCUUAAUGAGCAAGCAGAAGUGACGGUGGCAAAGAAAAACUCCCUGAGACGAUAUGAGGAAUAAACCUUGAGAGGAACCAGACUCAAAAGGGAACCCAUCCUCAUAUGGGUCCUAACGGAUAGUGCAAUUAUAAAUAAAUCCCUUCUAUAACUGUGUACUAUAUGGACAAAUAGUGCAACUGUGCAGCCAGUAAAUUCAUCACAGUUUUCACAAGGAGUCCAGUUUGUUAAACCUAUCCACUGUUUGAGUCCUGGGUACAAAGCUGCUCUUGGCCAUCUCCAUGGCCCCCCAACUGGCACCAUCCCCAGCAAUCCCAAUGAUCUUGAGGCCAUCCAUGUGAGGCCACCCCCAACAGCUAUCUUAACUGAUGAGAACUCCAACCAGAAGUAGGACAUCAGGAUGGAUCAGGCAGGUCCAGAGAGCAGAAGGGGUGCUUACACUGGGGAUCACUUGUGGUGCUGAUAUUAAGGACACUGUCUGGCAAGUUUUAAAACAAGCAAUAAAAAAAUAUUUGGCCAAAUCAGCCAAUUGUUGAGGACUGAAUGGGAAGACAGCCUUUGAGGAGUGUCAUAAUUGAUCUGGAUGACCCAGUGGUGACAGUACACCAAAGUGUGGGAGAGGCUAAGGAACAAUUCUACUAUGAAAGAACAGUUUUCCUCCGGUGUGCUGCCAACUCCAACCCGCCAGUGCGUUACAGCUGGAGACGUGGACAUGAAUUUUUGUCCCAAGGCUAUGACAAGGGUGUGGAGAUCUAUGAACCUUUCUUCACACAGGGUGAAACAAAGAUCCUCAAGCUGAAAAACCUUCGCCCUCAGGACUAUGCCAACUACACAUGCACUGCUUCAGUACGCAGUGUCUGUGGCAUUCCUGAUAAGAGUGUACUCUUUCAGCUCACCAACACAACAGCAUCUCCAAGUAUUAAGCUGCUAGUGGAGGAUCCCAUAGUGGCCAACCCAGGACAGACAGUAACACUUGUAUGCAUAAGCACAGGAGGAGAACCUAUGCCAGUCCUGACAUGGGUACGACAUAGUGAGACACUCCCACAAAAUAGCCUUCUGAAUGGCGGCACUCUUACUAUACCUGCCAUCAUCACAGAAGAUACAGGCAUCUACAGUUGUGUUGCUAGCAACAAUGUGGGAAACUCAGCCAAGAAAUCCACCAGCAUCAUUGUGAGAGCUUUGAGGAAAGGCCGUUUCUGGAUUACACCUGACCCAUAUCACAAUGAUGACAACAUCCAAAUUGGGCGCGAGGUGAAGAUCUCAUGCCAGGUGGAGGCCACGCCAGCUGAGGAGCUAAUAUUCAGCUGGCUGAAGAACGGGCGAGCUCUGCGCAGCUCAGAGCGCAUGGUCAUCACCCAGACUGACCCUGAUGUUGCACCAGGAACCACUAACCUGGACAUCAUUGACCUCAAGUUCACAGAUUUUGGCACCUACACCUGUGUGGCAUCGCUCAAAAAUGGAGGCAUACCUGAGAUUAGCAUUGAUGUUAACAUCUCAUCCACCACAGUUCCCCCAAGCCUGACGGUCCCAAGAGGGAAGUCCCCUUUAGUGGUACAGGAGACUGAGACAGUGGAGCUGCAGUGUCUGGUGUCAGGCAAGCCCAAGCCCAUAAUCCUGUGGUCCCAUGCUGACAGGGAAGCGCCCAUGCCAGAUGGAAGCAUGCAGAUGGAGAGUUACGAUGGAAUUCUGCGAAUUGUCAAUGUCUCACGUGACAUGAGCGGUACAUACCGCUGCCAGACCAGCCAGUACAACGGCUUCAACGUCAAGCCCCGGGAGGCUGUCAUUGAGCUCAUUGUUCAAUAUCCCCCUGCAGUGGAGCCAACAUACACUGAGCUACGCCAGGGCCUGGGCAGAGCAUUCACAAUGAAUUGCAGAGUACUACGAGCACAUCCAUCUCGUGUGCUGAAGUAUGAGUGGAAGCUGGGUUCACGCCUCCUCACCAUGGGCCAGUUGGAUACACGUGAUGACACUGAGUACCAUGUCAGGGCACUGAACCGUGAGGGCUAUGGUGCCUACACCUGCGACAUCAGCAAUGAGGCUGGUGCUGGCCGCUGUACCUUCCACGUGACUGGCAAGGCCUUUGCUCCAGAGUUCUACUAUGACACAUAUAGUGCGCUGUGGCAGAAUAAGCCCAGAGUUUAUGGUUUUAAACUCCAAUGGACACAGAUGAACCCCAGCGCAGUGGACCGCAUCAUGGCCUACCGGCUUGGUAUCAAACAGACAGGACAACAGAGAUGGUGGGAGCAGGAGAUUCCCAUGGAAGGUACCAUUCAGAAAGGUGAGCUCAUUACCUACAACCUGACUGAGCUUGUUAAACCUGAGGCUUACCAGGUGCGCCUCACCCCCAUCACCCGCUUCGGAGAAGGAGAUUCCACUGAGAGGAUCAUCCGCUAUAGUGCUCCUGUAAACCCUCACUGGAGUAAAUUCCACUGUGGCUUCGAAGAAGAAGCCUUAUGCAUGUUCACCCAAGACAAGUCAGAGGAAUUUGAUUGGACAAGACAUAGUGCUGCCAUCAGGGACACCAAGUACACUCCCAAUACUGGACCCAGCAGUGACCGUAGUGGUUCAAAGCAAGGUUAUUACAUGUACAUUGAAACAUCACGCCCUCGUCAGGAACGAGAUAGAGCACGAUUGUUGACCCCACUAUUCAGCGUUGUUCCAAAAAAACCCUAUGGGAAUGUGGCCAAUACUCCAUCCUACUGCUUUAGCUUGUACUACCAUAUGUAUGGGAAACAUAUAGGCACACUGAAUGUGUAUUUAAGACAGAAGAGUCAGACUGGUGAGGACAGCCUUGUGUGGACCUUGAGUGGGAGCCAAGGAGACCACUGGAAACAAGCUAGGGUAAACAUUCACCCUACAUCCUCCUUUCAGAUGAUUUUGGAAGGCAUUCGUGGUUCUGGCAUUGAAGGCGAUAUUGCCAUAGAUGAUGUUGCCAUCGAGGAGGGAGAAUGUCGAGACCCACCUCCUAAUAGUAACCUUAGGUCCCUGGCCCCUUCCGCAGCAAAGCAUAUAUGGAAGUUGUGUAUCACUCUGCUCUUGGUCUUGGGUGGCCAACGGAGCAUGGCUCCAUAAACACAGGCUGCGCUCUGCCCACUGAAUUACAAUCUGUGCCAGUCUGAAGCUGUGCCUGCAACAGCAGUUGUUUUCUUGAUGUACAGUAGGAGACUGUCUUUUUGCAAGACCUUUCAUGAGGCCCCUCGACUUCUGCUGCCUGCAAUGGAAUCAAGUGCCUUCAGAACUUCGUGUAACAUCAUUCUGUUUAAAUACCUGCUGAGCAAUUGAUCUUCGCCAUAUUUAUAACAACAAGACAAAGUGCAAAACUGUAAGAAGUGAACAUGACAGAUGGCUGACCCCAGUACCACAUCCUGUCCCACCACAGCUUGUUAUUCACAUCAUAUGGUCAUUCUUUUGUUUGACAGCCAUUAUUUUAAGGCUUACAACCUGUCAUGCUCCAAAUCUUACUGAGGUGGAGAAAUUGAGAACUAUGAUAGAAUUAUUGGAGGAAAAAGACUGUUCCUUACACAGUGGACAUCAUGUAUGAAAGAGACAGAUCUGUGCUCUGGGUAAAAAGAAAUACAGCUAGGAGGGUCACUGUGAAAUCCUUCUUCACUUCAAUAAGUGUCUUGUGCUGUUGAAGAUUUUUUUUAAAGGACUGAAUGGUACAAAGGCUGAUAUGUGUUUUAUCUAAAUAGUCUUAAUGAGCUGGGUUCAUCAACUUGGAUUCUUACAAAUACAUAUUUUAUUAUCCUGCUGAUUUUACACAAACUCUUUAAAAAAAAUCUCUGAACUACCUGAGGCCAUCUGUUACCUUAACCAGCUGGUUUUUGGAAAUGUAUUGUUCAUAAGGUUUGUUUCUGGGAAAGAUUAGUUUUCCUCCCUCCCUCAAUAUGUUGUUUCAGGCAACAUUUUGCUUUGUUUUAAAACGUAAAAUUCCCUCUUUAUUCUUGUAUUAUUAAACAAAAUAUAAUAUGAAACUAUAGUACCAUAUUAUGAAUAUGACAAUGUAAAGUUUAUUAGAUUUAUAUUCAAAUAUAUUGGAUAGGACCUCCUGUCCAGAGGAAUUCACAUUUUUAAACACUCAUAUGAAAAAGCACAACAUGUAAUCACUGUCACAACACACUAAACACAGUACCUCCCACAACCAAUACGUUUUUUCUUAAGGAAGGACUCCCCAGUAAUGUGAUAUUUUAAAUCUCCGAUCAAUAAAAAGAUUUCCUGAUAA